AUGCGAGCCGUGCUGCAGCGCGUCAAGAGCGCCGCCGUGCACGUCGAUGGCGCGUGUGUCUCCCAGAUCGGGCCCGGCCUGCUGGUGCUGCUCGGCAUCUCGGUCGACGACACGGCCGCCGAGAUCGAGCCGCUGUGCCGCAAGCUGCUGGGCACGCGUCUGUGGGACGAGGGUGAGCGGGCAUGGCGCGUGGCGCUGCCGCAGCUCGGCGGCGAGCUGCUGCUCGUCUCGCAGUUUACACUGCAUGCGCGGCUGAGCAAGGGCACGAAGCCGGACUUCCACCGCAGCAUGAACGGCGGACCGGCGCGCGAGCUGUACGACGAGACGCUGGCGCGCCUGCGCGCGAUGUACGUGCCCGAGCGCAUCAAGGAGGGCGCCUUCGGCGCGAUGAUGGACGUCAGCCUCGUCAACGACGGGCCCGUCACGCUGAUCAUCGACACGGCAGACAAGAAGGCGGCGCAAUGAUGCAUUGUCUACACGCUCAUGCUCAUCUUGAUGCCCGCGUGCGGCUCGUAGCCGUCGACGGCAAAGUCGUCGGGCGUGAAGCCGUCGAUGUCGUCGACUGCCCGCGUGAAGCGCAGCGUCGGGAAUGCGCGCGGCG